CAUUCCAAAAGACAUUCAUCGCAUCGGAUGUACAUACACUUUUAGUUAUAUUAUUGUUUUUAAACAAGGAAGACUUCAACAACUCACAUUUCUUUUAAGUUAGUUAUUAACACUGUUAAUUGUUUUUACUUAUUUUCAAAAAAACGUAGUUUCAACUUAAUUCAUCAAUUGGUUUUUGUAAAAUGUUGUAUUUGUUAUGAUUUUUGUAAAACAUAAACAGUUAUAAAAACAUUUUGUCUGGUUUAUAUUUUUGAUUUGUUUUAAAAGAUGUGUUGCAAAUGUUGUCAACAUUGUUUGGAAUCAUGUUAUUGGCAUUGUUGCGAAAAAUGGUUCUGUUAUGAUGAAAGCAUUGCCUUAUGGGAAGAUCCAGAUGCGGAACAACGAAACCAUAUCGGCUGGGAUAAUAUGGCAUAUUGGGAUAGUAUAUCAGUAAUAGCUAAUCGAAAUGUUGUUACGAUACAACCUUUAGCUGAAACAAAACCACCACAACAGCAAUUAUUAUCUGUGAAUAUCGAUGAUCAAUUUAAUUUACAAGACGAUUUACACCGACGAUUAUCGGAAGUAUUUCAACAUAGUUCUAUGUUAAAAGAGGAUCCUCCUAAAUCUGGUGAAAAUGAGAAACAAGUAACGUUUCAUUUAGCUUCGGAUGAUUCAGAUAAAGCAUUAAACGAAGCGACAAAUCAAUAUUGUAAUUUCGAAACAACUCCAACACAAGAUAAUGAAUUUAACACAUUAAAAGAAUCAAAAGACAAAGAAAGUAAAAAUGGUGACACAGUGGAUGCACCAUUACAUAAAUUCCCGGAAAAAGCAAUAUUGAAAAAUAGAAUGUCUGCGGAUAAUUUCCCUACAACGUCGAGAUAUACAGAAAAUCAACCACCUGAUAAAAUUCAGGCAAACAUAUUUACAAUUAGUGGUCCACCACCGCUAAAUAAAAAACCAACAGAGUUAAGACUAAUAAAACAAAAUAGUAUGCCUAACUUUUAUAUAGAAACACCAGAAAUUAGUGAUGUACCACCGAUAACCGCCGAUCAAAUACUCACAAGUCCAGUAUUACCAAAUACACCACAAUUCACAUACGAUUUACGAUCGAUUGUUGAAUUAGAAACAAAUAAAAAGCAAACAAAUGCAGAAAUAGAAGCAAGUGAAAAAUCGAAACGUUUAGUUAAUAUACGAAAGAAAAUAGCACCACUAAUAAUAAAAACACCAUCCUUAAGGAAUAUCACGUUGAAGCAUAAUAUGGAAAAAUAUCCAUCGUAACAGUCCAUUCAUAUUUUUCAUAAAAAUACCGUAUAAUUAAUUGUUAUUUAUUAUUCCAAAGAUUUGUUAACUUAAGAAUCAUAAAAAAUUUAUUUAUUUUGAAAUUUUUAAAAUCAAUUCAAAA